AUGUCGGGACUAACCAUCCAAACCAAAACCCCGUUUCAUAUCAGUGCGAAGCCGGAGAAGCAAGAGCUGGUCGAUGAAUACAGAGGCAAGGCUCUGAAUGCGAUCAGGACACCCGCGGUGGUCAUAGACCGAGCACUUUUUGCUAAAAAUUGUGCACUCAUGCACGAAAACGCAAAGCAAUGGGGCGCGAGUUUCAGGGCGCACGUCAAAUCCCACAAGACGUCAGAAGGCAUACGAUUGCAGCUCGUUUCAGAUGCAGGGCAGACGCACGCGAUUGUCGUGUCCACGGUGAUGGAGGCUUGCGAGGUUAUACGAGAUGGAUUGGUCGCCGAUGGGACGGUCAAAGACAUACUUUAUGGCCUUCCGGUGGCCUUGAACAAGGUGCAGGACCUUUCUUCUCUGUGGGAAGAGAUCGCGGCGUUCGACGCAAAUCUACGGAUCCUAAUUGAUAAUCCAGCGCAAGUGAAGUUCCUGGAGGCCUUUGAGAGAUCGAGGACAAAUCCUCGCAGGUGGUCGGUGUUCAUCAAAAUCGACUGUGGACAGAAGCGAGCAGGACUCGACCCGCGUUCACCGCUUUUUGGACACCUGCUGCAGACUGUCUUCGAGUCGCCGGUGAUCUCUCUGUAUGGUUUCUAUACACAUGGCGGCCACUCUUACAGAUCGACAUCCAUGCCUGAAGCCGCGUUCUACCUGUCAGAGGAGCUGAACGCAGUCAAUACAGCAGCAGGACUGGCUUUGUCCGUUAUGACAACCAUACCUAGAGCACGAUCUCAUCAUGAGCCUUUCGUUCUCGCGAUCGGCUCGACACCCACAGCCCACGCCGCCACAGCUGAGACCCGCCAGCAAUUGGAAGCUCACCUCAACGGCAGACUUGAGAUCCAUGCAGGCAAGUUCAUACCAAUGGUUGAGACGAGGACGCAGGAUAACGUGCUUGCAGGAAAUUACCCCCUCCUGGACCUGCAGCAGUUGCACACAGGUUUGGUGGAAAUGAAUCGUGUCGCACAGCGCGUGUUGACGACCGUAAUCUCCUACUACCCUGGCCGAGGGGACGGGGGCUCAGAUGAAGCUCUGUGCGACGCAGGAGCUAUCGCAAUGAGCAAAGAUACCGGGCCACAGGAGGGCUUCGGACAGGUCGUGACAAGGCCGUGGAGGCUUAGCCGUAUAUCUCAGGAACACGGAGUGCUAACGCAACGAAGAUCGGAGCUCACUGGAGCGGAUGCAGUCGACAGGCUCAGAGUGGGAGAGAUGGUCCAGAUUGUCGGACAGCAUGCGUGCCUGAUUUUGGCCGCGUAUCCUUGGUAUUAUGUCGUCGAUUCGUCCAUGCCAAGUCGGGGGGAUAUUGUGGAGGAUGUGUGGGUGCCGUGGAAGGGGUGGUGA